AUGUUGCUCCUACUAUGUUGUCUAGGUCUCUCAAGCUUCCCGCUGGCCGCCGCAGCGGGGGGCUGGGACGACUUUUCAAACAACCUCGCAACCGAUCUCGCGCCGUUUCUCUCGCUCUUCGGAGAGCAGGUGACCAAGCAGUAUCUGAGCGAAAGCACGACCUUUCUCGAUUACUUCAUUUUUGCCAUGGCCCCGAUGGGCAUCCUCACAGCGGUCGUGUCGGCCAUCCGCGUCUGUGGGAGCCCGUCUCUUCGCGCAUUUAUCGGUCGCGCACAAGAGGGGGCAGGAAUUGCCGAGGCAGAGCUGUGUUCCUCAACAAGCCGUGAUGUGUGCGAGCUGUACAAUAAUGGUGGGAUUGCGCGCGUCUUCGGGCGUCCUAAGAUCCUGGAAGUGGUAUAUGAUCCCGACAAUCGAGACUUCUCCGAUGGCACCGCAGGGAUAUACACUUUUCAACAGUAUGUAGCGGAAAAGGGCAAAGGAAAUUGGCUCCGGACAAGGCCCACGAAGUCUGAACCGUCAAAUCCUUACGCAGAAGCUCCCCCCCUUAUCAAACCGCCUCCAGACCCUUUCGCCCCGAACCUGUCCCUCAAUCUCGGCAUUCGGAAACAGCACCCGGUCAUCUUUCGCUUUGUUGCCCUAGUUGGGCUCACUUUGCAGUGUGGUGUACUUACUUUCGCAGGUGUCGUGACGUAUUAUCUCAAGUGGGAAAAGGAUGGCAGGGGCCCCGAACAAUACGCUUGCCCACUUGUGCUUGUGGGGUCGGUCUUGGUCUGCGGAGGGAUGUUCCUCUGUGCUUUCCUAGUCGGGCAGAGCACGCAAGAGGAGGUUUGGGAACGAAGGGGAAAAGAUAGGGCAUCGAUGCAUUGGGUCCAACCUGGAGGCCAGGUCAUUGGUGACCAGACAUUUGACGCCUUUGCUUAUGCGGAUAGCGAUGAUCCACAGACUGUCCUCAAGGAGUAUACCGUCUCUUGGAAAAGGGCUGACCUUGACCACACGGGAACUGUAGUAUGGACGGCUGUUGCCUUAACCGUCGCGGGGUUCGUUCUGCAGUUCACCGGCCUUCGAGCCAUCCAUUCAGCUGUUGCUAUUGCCCAGCUCAGCGCUACAAUGGUCAUGUCGCUGGCACGCGCAGCACUUCGUAUGCAACGGUUGAAGCCGGAGGCUAACAGACUUCGCCGCUUUCCGGACCAAGUCAUUGGCCAUGAGUUGGAUUGGCUUGCAUUGCGCAUCGCCUGGCCUGACAUUCUGGCGGACUUGGGUAUCCCUCGGCUGGUUCUGGAGACUCGCCGUGGUUCGUGGACCUUUUGCGGUAGCCUCAAGCCAGGCUCUGGUCUCUCGGCAAAGAUUUUACCAGGGCCUACAUCCACGCCUAAUAGCCCAAAUACUGCAGUCAAAGUGUUGGCGUUUCGUACGCGCUUGGCAGAGCUGACGAUGUCGCCCCUCUCUCAGUCAAAAGUCUUGACGUCUGCAAGGCACUUUAACGUCGAGAUGGUCGAAGUCCGCCGUGUAGCACGACAACUUGCAUCCGCAAUGGACAUGGCUGUAAGCACUAUUUUUACCAAUAGCCUUACAUUUCAGAGAGACUGGGGUGACACGGAGACUAUUUUGUGGCCGAUGGUGUGCGAGAUAUCGCACCAGCCCCAUCACAGCUCUUUCCGCGGGAAGCGCCAUAGCGUGAUGCUACACUUCGAUAAGGUUGCGCCCGGUACGAGUCGAUCAAAUGUUCUUUGGUCUCUUCGCAACAAGGCACAGCUUGAAGGGAUCCUUGGGCUCUGGCUGUGGUCAAUGAGACUGGUAGCUGGAGAGAACCAAAUGAGUAGGCGGCCGGCUGAAUCCACGUGCAACGAUAAUCGUGUCCGAAGAAUUAUCUCUACCGCCGCAAAUGCUGCGGAAACGGAAAUUAAGCUCUGGGCUCCUGGCCAACUCUUGUACGUGUCCUUUGACGAGGUUCACCUACUGUCAGUCGAGUACGGGCAUCCCGGUACCCAGUGGCUUGCGCCUGGCGGUGGAAGAUAUGGAUACCACAUAUUGGGUUUCGCUCCACAUUCACAUGGAGAGUCUCAAGUGUUCCAAAUAUUCGGCUGGUACGCAUCGGGUAUUACUUACUCCACGCCACCUGGGAUAUUGCCAAUAUGGUCUAUUCCAACAGAAAGUCCACUGGCGGUACUUUGUGCGCAAGAGAUCUUUGGGUCAUUUAUCAAGGAGGCCUUUCGCCUGAUAGACGAUAUUGGUUCGUUUAAGAUAGGAGACGAAGGCCUAAACUUUCGCCUGGAAAACCAGUGGGUCACCGAGCUUGCCAAGAUAUUCUCGGACAAUCAACUGGGUUCAGAUCAGGAAGCUCUGUUAUGCGUCCUACCAGCUGUGGUAUCCCGUUCUGGACUGUCGUCCUCGAAAUGCGCAUUGAAGGCAGCCAAACAAUUUGCCAUCACACAUCGGCGCGAGAAGAAAUGGAGGGAGGCAGAACGGGUUCUGAGAUGGAUAUAUGCGAUGAUGAUCGAAGAGGGUGUGCAAAAGUUCAGCUGUGCUGGUUGGGAUGAGCUUGAUAUCGACCAGAUUGUCCUCGCCCUUGCAGAGCUGUACCGGAAUGCUGUGCUCGAAGACGAAUCAAGGAGCUUCGGGAUGGACGGUAUUGAAUGGCUGUCGCAGCAAACCUCCAUCCCUACUGCCUAUUCACAAAAGAUGAUACGUCGGUACAAGGGAGUGAUGGAGGAAUCAUCCAAACGGAGCAGGGGUAGGGACGAGUUCGGGACGUCAUACUUGGUGGGUCAACAUGCAACUCUGCGCAGCUUUACUCGCAUAGGUAUUAAACCAGCCGAUGUACCAACGGGACGCAGCGAGCUAGAGACUGCUGCUAAAGAAGGCUGGCCUGACGUUUUAUGCGCUCUUUUAGGCCACGGUGCUGAUCCGAAUGGCAAAUAUUUGGCAGCUCCAUACUACCCGCUGUGUUUUGCCGUACAGAAGGGAAGUGCCCUGGCUGUGAAGGAGCUUUUGGACUGGGGAGCAGACCCCGAGAAGGGUGAUAUUAAUGGCCUCACUCCUCUCCUAUUCGCAGCAAAUGCUGGAGAUGCCUCGGUGGUUACAGCACUGCUGACAGAUACUCGUACCUCGGUGGAAACAAAAGACACCGCUUUGGCUUUGGCGGCAGGCCGUGGUCAUGGUGCUGUCGUGAAAGUCUUGCUUGGACACAGGGCCGAUCCGAAUUUACCUGGCAAAACGGGCCAAACUGCACUACACGAAGCCGCAGACGGUUGCCAUGUUGCAGUAGUUCGAAUCCUAGUGGAAGGUGGAGCCAGCGUCGACGCCCAAAACCUUGAUGGGAGAACAGCACUCUGGCUGGCAAGCAAGAAGGGCUGUGAAGAGGCUGUCAAGAUCCUGCUAGAACACGGUGCCAAUCUCAAGCUGGCAGGAGAUGAUGGGCUUACAGCACUGCAUUGCGCGGCAACCAAUGGAAAUACCUCGCUGGUCAAGAUGCUUCUCAAUAACAGAGCAGAUAUUAAUGCGAAGACUCGCGAAGGCCUAACGCCGCUGCAACUAGCUGAAAACGCCGGGGAAACGAGCGUGGCUGAGAUCCUCCGAACCCAUUCUGGCAGCCAGUACGCGCCUCCAAAGGCUAAGCAGGAAUGA